GUGCGAUCCACCUGGCUUCCGGUCACUGCAUUCCAUUCCACACACAGGAAUCCUCGGUGUCCGUAGAGAUCAGGGUAAUACAGUAGUGAAGACGACCUUUGGUGAGUGUGAGACACCCAGCAGCCAUCCUCGUGUGUCAGGUUGACUAAGCAGGACCCACAGCCCCAUCACGGUGCCUCCACCUCACUCACUGAUACAUGAGAGACACAGUGACCAGAAGAUCCUGGAACUCGCCAACAAGAUCAUUCAGCUGCUGACAGGAGAGGAGGGGGAGUAUAUAGGGGAACACAGGGGUUUGUACAAGGACGUGAUGAUGGAGAAUCACCGGCCCCUCACAUCACUGGAUGGGCCCAGUAACAGAGAUACCCCAGAGAGAGAUCCCCGUCCUCUGUAUUCCCAGGAUUGUACAGAGGAGAAUCACAGGAUCCCACAGGAGGAUCAGAUAGAACGUCUGUCUGAUAUUAAGGCAGAAGAUAUAGAGGAAGAAGAAGAGACGUAUGUGACUGAUAUAAAGGCAGAAGAUAAAGAGGGAGAAGAAGAGACGUAUGUGACUGAUAUAAAGGCAGAAGAUAGAGAUGGAGAAGAAGAGACGUAUGUGACUGAUAUGAAGACAGAAGAUACAGAGGGAGAAGAAGAGACGUAUGUGACUGAUAUAAAGGCAGAAGAUAUAGAGGGAGAAGAAGAGACGUAUGUGACUGAUAUGAAGGCAGAAGAUAUAGAGGAAGAAGAAGAGACGUAUGUGACUGAUAUAAAGGCAGAAGAUAUAGAGGGAGAAGAAGAGACGUAUGUCACUGAUAUAAAGACAGAAGAUAUAGAGGGAGAAGAAGAGAUGUAUGUGACUGAUAUAAAGGCAGAAGAUACAGAGGGAGAAGAAGAGACGUAUGUGACUGAUAUAAAGGCAGAAGAUAUAGAGGGAGAAGAAGAGACGUAUGUGAGGGGUGAUCAGCAGUGUAAGGAGGAGGAGAUCCCUACAGAUAUCAGCACAGCAGAUGGACACACCAGCAGGAAUAUCUCAGAAGGAGAUCUAAUGUUAAUCCCGGAUUGUGACAUAAAAGAUAAUGACAGAAGACAGGAUUCUCCAGGAGCUAACCCCAUUACCCCAAUUAUACAUCCAGCCCUAUCAGCUGAUCCCUCUGAUCCUGGGAAAUGUUCUCCUGAUCACUCUGAUAUUGGUGCAUCUGUUACAGCUCUGGCAGUAGAUACAGUGUUUCCGUGUUCUAUAGAUGCCAAAUGUUUUACACAGAACACAAAACCUAUUAACUCACACACAGGUAAGGCAGGUGGAAGGCCACUGAUAUGUUCAGAGUGUGGGAAAUGUUUUACAUACAAAUCACAACUUGUUAUACAUCAGAGAAGUCACACAGGUGAGAAGCCAUUUUCUUGCUCUGAUUGUGGGAAAUCUUAUUUAACUAAAUCACAUCUUGUUAUACAUAACAGAAGUCACACAGGUGAGAAACCAUUUUCUUGCUCUGAGUGCGGAAAAUGUUUUGCACACAAAUUACAACUUGUUACCCAUCAGCAAAGUCACACAGGUAAGAAGGCAUUUCCAUGUUCUGAGUGUGGGAAAUGUUUUGCACACAAAUCAGUUCUUGUUAGACAUAACAGAACUCACACAGGUGAGAAGCCAUUUCCAUGUUCUGAGUGUGGGAAAUGUUUUGCACAGAAAUCACAUCUUCUUAGACAUCAGAGAAAUCAUACAGGUGAGAAGCCAUUUUCUUGCUCUGAGUGCGGGAAAAGUUUUACCUGGAAAUCCAAACUUGUUAUACAUCAGAGAAGUCACACAGGUGAGAAGCCAUUUUCUUGCUCUGAGUGCGGGAAAUGUUUUACACAAAAAUCACAACUUGUUACCCAUCAGCAAAGUCACACAGGUGAGAAGCCAUUUCCAUGUUCUGAGUGUGGGAAAUGUUUUACAUGGAAAUCACAACUUGUUACACAUCAGCAAAGUCACACAGGUGAGAAGCCAUUCUUAUGUUCUGAGUGUGGGAAAUGUUUUGCACACAAAUCAGCUCUUGUUAUACAUCACAGAAGUCACACAGGUGAGAAUCUGUUUUCUUGCUCUGAGUGUGGGAAAUGUUGUUUAAGUAAAUCACAUCUUGUUAUACAUCAGAGAAGUCACACAGGUGAGAAGCCAUUUCCAUGUUCUGAAUGUGAGAAAUGUUGUGUAAGUAAAUCACAACUUGUUAUACAUCUGCGCAAUCACACAGGUGAGAAGCCUUUUCCAUGUUCUGAGUGUGGGAAAUGUUUUGCAUGGAAAUCAGAUCUUGUUAUACAUCACAGAAGUCACACAGCUGAGAAGCCAUUUUCUUGCUCUGAGUGCGGGAAAUGUUUUACACACAAAUCAUGACUUGUUACCCAUCAGCAAAGUCACACAGGUGAGAAGGCAUUUCCAUGUUCUGAGUGUGGGAAAGGUUUUGCACACAAAUCACAUCUUGUUAGACAUCAGCAAAGUCACACAGGUGAGAAGCCAUUUUCUUGCUCUGAGUGUGGAAAAUGUUUUACACGGAAAUCUCAUCUUGUUAGACAUCAGAGAACUCACACAGGUUAGAGGCAAUUUCUAUAUUUUGAGAAAUAAAUCAUCUCUUGUUGCACACAAUAGACAUUACUCAGGCGAGUAACCAUUUUAAUCUUCUGGAGUAUACUCAUCAUUGCCAUGCGUUGUUCUACAAGGUUCUUAUCCUAUCUCCUAUGCUUUUUGCAAUAUACAUGUUACCACUGGGUGAAAUAAUCAGAUGUCAUACCCUCAUCUACCACUCCUAUACAGAUGACCUGUCUUUGCUCUAGGUACUGAGAACCCAGUACCAAUCCUAAAUGGUUGUCUAGCUGAGCUCCAGGUGUGGGUAAUGCCAGUUAACUGAGAUUCAGUCCUGGUGAAACAGGUCCUUAUGAUAGAAGCUCACCAACAAAGAGCAGGGCUACAGCUCAGCUUUGCAAACCAACCAGACUUACGCUUGGGGUUCAGAGUUACAAAAUGCUGAUCAUGUGCGGAAUCUUGGUGUCCUGGAUGGUGGAGUGACACUUAGACAUUAGUAUCUGCCACAAUCAGAUCCUCAUCUGAGGAGCAUAGCCAGACUCCAGCACUUUAUUCCCUCAGAAGAUCUACCUACAGUCAUCCAUGUACUUGUAUCAUCACACAUAGACUACUGCAAUGUCCUCUACCUGGGUCUCCCAGCAAAAGAAUUGCACCGCUUGUAGCUUGUACAGAAUGCAGCAGCCAGGCUGUUACCUAACCAGCCCAUUCCAGCCACAUAACACCCAUUCUCUGCUCCCUUCACCAGCUGCCUGUAAGAUGGUUACUGUAUUACAUAAUCUUACUGGCUAUCCCAGCCCUACAUGACCAGGGUCCAUGGUAGCAGAAGCAGCUUCUGCCUCCUUACUGCCUUGCUUUCUUACUUCCACCUGCAGGUGAAGGACUGUUACCAGCAGUACCAAAAAUCCCCAAGCAGUACUGAGAGGUCAGGGGGAAGACAGGGUGGUGGAACUAGUGUUGUAGCAGGGGCUGCCGGAGGCAGUGUCUGUGAGAAUCUUAUUCUCAAGCAGCGCUAAGGUGUCAGAGGGGAGACAGUGGUGGCAGU